AAAGUCAGUUUGACUCAAAGAAAAAGUUCAAAGGAGGAAAUAGGAAGUCAGUCUCGAAUGUCAACACAACAAACAAAGCACAAAGAAGAGGAACUGACAGAAAAUUUAAGACAAUGGCGGGUAUUAAAGCACUGGUUGGGUUGUCCUUCAGUGGAGCCAUUGGCUUGACACUCCUCCUGUUGAGCUGUGCUUUGGAGCAAUAUGGGGUGUACUGGCCCCUCUUCGUCCUUUUCUUCUAUGUACUCGCUCCUAUCCCCACCUUUAUAUCCAGAAGGCUCAGUGAUGACAGUGAUGUGGCCAGCAACGCAUGCAGAGAGCUGGCAUACUUCUUGACUACGGGAAUUGUGGUAUCUGCGUUCGCGCUUCCCAUCAUAAUGGCCCGGCGUGCAGUAAUCCAGUUGGGGGCCUGUGGCCUGGUGAUGGCCGGCAACAUUGUCAUCUUCCUCACCAUCCUUGGCUUCUUCCUGGGGUUUGGAGGGGGAGACGACUUCAGCUAGGAGCAGUGAUAGACCGUCUGUGAAUCUCUGGCCAAACAGAGCCACAAUCCCAAAUGGACCCCUAGACCCUAUGCACUUGUGGAGAUCUGAGAGGAUUUGACAGGUGUAAGUAAUAUGGUAAUAGCUCCAUCUUGCCCUCUGAUAGGCUUGCUAGGUGGAAGUUUCACCAUAUUGCUUAUACCAGUCAAAUGUUCUCUAAUCUCCACAAGUGCAUGCGGUGUAGGAUCCAGGGGUCGAUUUGAGAUUAGGCAAUGUGAAGACUGGAUAGGUAUAAGCAUGUGGUGAAAUAUCACCAAGGGAAGAGUGGUUGUUUCUGGACCCACCUCUCUACAAUUGUAAUUGUAAUUGUAAUUGUAAUUGUAAUUAUGUAUGUAUGUAUGUAUGUAUGUAUGUAUGUAUGUAAUACAAAACUAUAGUUUGUUAACACGAAAUUU